UGCUAUGAGGAAACUUCAAUGUCAACAUUUCAAAUUUUUGAAAAUGAAACGAUGUAACUGAUUAAUCGUUUGUCGUAGUUUAUUUUCGCAUUUUAAGCAAUCGUUUGUAAGAUAGAAGCCGGUUUAUAAUUACAAUGACAUGAACAGAAUCGUCAGGAGAGUAGCAUGCGGAAUUUCUGGAGGGGUAGACAGUGCAGUUGCAGCCCUUAUUCUAAAACAAAAGGGGUAUGAUGUGUUUGGCUUGUUCAUGCAAAACUGGGACAUUGCUGAUGAGACGGGGAAGUGCCAGGUAGACAAGGAUCGCGACGAUGCUCGGAUGGUGUGUAGCCAUUUGAAGAUUCCAUUCCAUGAAGUCAGCUUCGUCAAGGAAUACUGGAAUGAUGUGUUCUUAUCAAUGGUUAAAGAAUAUGAACAAGGUUUUACUCCUAACCCUGAUGUCAUGUGCAACAAGCACAUCAAAUUUGAUGCUUUCUUCCAUCAUGCCAUUUAUAAACUAGGUGCCGACGCAAUCGCGACAGGACAUUAUGCCAGAACAAGCUGUGGUUUUCAUCUUGAUAAAGUGAAUUAUAAUGAAGGUGUCAAAUUGCUCACUGCGGUUGACAGUGCCAAAGAUCAGACUCUCUUUCUGUCACAAAUUUCCCAGGAUGCCCUGCAAAGGACAAUCUUUCCCAUUGGUGAUCUCACAAAAGAUGUUGUGAAGAAAAUCGCUGUACAAGCUGGGUUAGCCAAAAUAGCUGAGAGAAAGGAGAGCAUGGGUAUAUGUUUCAUUGGCAGCAGAAAUUUCUCAAAGUUUAUUGAAGAGUACAUUGAGCCCACUGAAGGUGACUUUGUGCAUGUGGAAACAGGAAAGGUUGUUGGCAAGCAUAAAGGUACCCAUUACUGGACCCUUGGCCAGAGGGCGCUGAUCGGAGGAUUAAGCAAAGCCUUCUUUGUUGUGGAGGUUCAUCCAGACACACAGGAAGUGAUAGUGGCCCCUGGAACAGACCAUCCUGCUCUCUUCUCUCAGAGUUUUAAAACCGAGCUUGCUCACUGGAUUCAUCAACCACCUGCUGAGUUUGUCACCAGCUGUAAAUUCCACGCCAGCUUCCGGUACCAGCACUCACAUCCACUGAUUGGCUGUACUGCUGAAAAAACUGACGCCGACUCUCUCGUCGUGUUUCUUGAUCAGCCGAUGAGGGCAGUAACACCAGGGCAGUUCGCCGUGUUCUAUCAAGGAAACGAGUGUUUGGGAAGUGCAAGGAUAACAGAGGGCGGACCUUCAUUUUAUGCACUGAACAUUAGAAACAGGAUUAAGAUUUCUAAUGAUUUUAGUUAAGGAAGGAAGAAGAAGAAGGAAAUGUUUUAUUUAACAACGCACUCAACACAUUUUAUUUACGGUUAUAUGGCAUCAGACAUGGUUAAGGACCACACAGAUAUUGAGAGAGGAAACCCGCUGUCAC